CCAUUUUCCUUACUAAGAUAUAGGCCUCAGGAUCUAGGACUCGUACUCCUGCUAAUAUCUAUGCGUACCUAUGGCUUUAUAAAGUAGUCACCCACAGAAUCUGUUACUCUCAUAAAUGUGGACUAUUUGCAGGAGAUUUAGUAUCUUUCCUGUGUACUUGCCUUACUUCGUAAUGUGCUGCCCUAGGUCACAAAACUCUUAAUGAAUGCAGCAAAGAUGUCAACAUCCGUUGAAAUUCAGCUCACUGUACCCUGGGGGCAUAUUUCUGGCAAGUCCUGGGGGAAUCCAGCAGGGAAGCAUGUGUUGGCUCUACAUGGUUGGCUGGAUAAUGCUGGUAGCUUCGAUACACUGAUUCCUCUCCUAUCAUCAGACCUCCAUGUUGUGGCUAUUGACUUGCCUGGCCAUGGUAGGUCCUCUCACAGACCCAGAGGCUCCACAUACAAUGCCUUCCAGUAUGUGGCUGAUGUUCAGUAUGUCAUAGAUGCACUAAAGUGGGAGAAGUUUUCAUUGCUAAGCCAUUCACUCGGUGCUGGUGUUUCUAGCUGGUUUGCUGCGUCACAACCGAACCUUGUUGAGCGUCUUGUGUUGCUUGAUGGUGGCGGAUUCGUUCAUGCUCCAGUGGCGGACAUACCUAAAUUAAUGGGAAGAGCUCUCAGCGGCUUGUCGGCUGGUGACAAGAUGUUGGACAACAAAAGCUUUUCAACAUGGGAUUCUGUUGUGGACAAAGUUUGGGAGGGUCAACGUCAGCGGCAGGUUGGGUUCAGUCGCGAGGCAGCUGGAGUGCUUGCAGUAAGAGGAGCAAUUCAAAUGGAGAGUGGGGAGUACCGCUUGACCAGAGACCUCAGGCUAAAACAACCUUCACUAUUACGAAUAACAGAAGAUACGAAUACAGCAUUUCUCGCUGCGAUCCAGUGUCCUGUCCUAUUCAUAAGAGCGGAAGACUCCUAUUUAGAUCUAGAGUUAUUCAAAUCAUCGAUCGAAGCUAUAAGAAAAUCCAAUCUUCAACAACUGACUGUUGCUGGAGGCCAUCACGUCCAUUUAGAGCAUCCAGAAAGGAUCAGUGGCACUAUCAGUGAUUUUUUUCAAAACACUAGCUGUCCGGGAAAAUUAUGAUUUUUGUGAGUAUUUAAGUUGUGCUCUUUUGAUGUAACAUAAUUAUAAGGAUUAAAAAUUUCAUAAUACAA